CCAAAAUACCAAAGUGAAGUCCUUUGCUGUGUAUGGAAACGGGUCAGCAUCACUAACGGGGUACAUGAUCCGGGGUGAUAAUGAGGAGCGGUAUAGUGCUGUCACUGCUGCUGCUCAACAUACAUCACGCCAUGUCUGCACCCAAAGGCGUCGCUGCCAGUCUGAAAGCCAAGUGGAGCAUGACGCCUUUCCUCCUGGAGACCAGCGAGUUUAUUGCAGAAGAUCGGAAUGAGAAAUUCUGGCAGUUUGUUGACACUGUGAAAGAACUCACUGUGUACAAGCAUGGAGAGUCUGUGCGCUCGUACUACAACCUGGUCAUUAAGAAGGCUGGACAGUUUCUCACAGAUCUUCAGCUUAAUCUUCUCAAAUUUGCUCUGUCUCUCCGAUCGUACUCGCCAGCUGUUCAUGCUGCCCAGCAGAUCGCCAGCGAUGAGCCUCCGCCUGAGGCUUGCCCUGCCUUUGUCUCCAUCCAUGGUCAGCAUAGCUGCAGCACCAAGGACAUUAAGAAGCUCCUGAAGGCAGCUGCAGGCAGGUCAAAACCAUAUUUAUAUAAAAACGACCACACAUAUCCAGGGGCCAAUAAAACGGACGUGCCAGUCGUGAUCCUUUACGCUGAAAUUGGAACCAAGAAAUUCACCUCUUUCCAUAAAGUGCUGUCGGAGAAGGCCGAGCAGGGUACAGUUACCUAUGUGCUGCGGCAUUUCGUGGCGAAUCCAAAGCCUCAAAAGAUGCUUUUAUCGGGGUACGGUGUGGAGCUGGCAAUCAAAAGCACGGAAUAUAAAGCUGUGGAUGAUACCAAAGUAAAAGAUUCAAAGAGUGCAACACAUGCUGAGGAGGAUGAUAACGAUGAAGUCCAAGGAUUCUUUUUCGGAACAUUAAAGAAAUCUCACCCUGAACUCCAGGAGCAGCUUGUCGAGCUUCACAAACAUCUCUUGGAGAGCACCAACGACAUGGCCCCUUUGAAGGUGUGGGAGAUGCAAGAUUUAAGUUUCCAGGCAGCUGCCAGAAUCAUGUCUGUGCCAAAGUUUGAUUCUUUGAAGGUCAUGCGAGACCUCAGUCAGAACUUUCCAAGCAAAGCCAGAUCACUGACAAGAGUGGCUGUAAAGCAGGAAAUGAGAAAAGAAAUUGAGGAGAACCAAAAGCAUCUCAGCGAGAGCAUUGGCGUUCACCCGGGAGAUGGGGAGCUCUUCAUCAACGGAUUGCACAUUGAUCUGGACGUUCACAACCCCUUCAGCAUUUUGGACAUCCUCAGAGGAGAGGCUCGGGUGUUGGAGGGGCUUCACAACCUGGGUAUAAAGGGAGAACUUCAGGGCAAGCUGCUGAGGCUGCCUGUGAAUACGGUGGAUGACAGCUACGCCUUAGAUAUCAGACACCCGGCUAUAUUGUGGAUGAAUGACAUCGAGAAUGACCCCAUGUAUCACAGCUGGCCCACAGCUGUACAGGAGCUGCUCAGAGCCACUUUUCCUGGAGUCAUCCGGCAGAUCAGACGCAAUUUCUUUAACCUGGUGCUGUUUUUAGAUCCACUGCAGGAGGAGAGCGUUGAGCUGGUGAAGUUAGCAGAACUUUUCUACAGGCACAAGAUUCCCCUGAGAAUUGGAUUUGUGUUUGUUGUCAACACCAAAGAUGAGAUUGAUGGCUUCUCGGAUGCAGGGGUUGGAUUUUACCGACUCCUGAAUUACAUUGCAGACGAGUACGAUUUAUCCCAGGCUCUGAUGUCCAUGAUCUCACUGUACAGCAGAGUAAAUGCAGGGGAGACGCUGUCGGCUGAUACAGUCACUGCCUUCCUGAAGAAAAAAUUUCCUAAAGCCAGUCCUGAAAGGAUUCUCGGAGUAGAAUCCGAGUAUGAUGAUCGACGAAAGGAUGGGGCCGUCUUCUACAAAAAGAGUGGCCUGGGCGCUCUGCCUCUAGCGUUGUUUAACGGAGUCCCUUUGAGCCCAGACGAGAUGGACCCAGAGGAGCUGGAGACCAUCCUCCUGCAGCGCAUCAUGGACACCACCACCGCCUUUCAGCGGGCUGUCUUCAUGGGUCAGUUAACCGAAGGCUCAGAUGUGGUGGACUACCUAAUGGAACAGGCCAACGUUGUUCCCCGGAUGAAUCCUCUUAUUUUGAGCGAUAACCGGAAGUACCUGGACUUCACAGCCAAGCCAGUUGCGGAUGAUUGGGAGGACACAACAAUGUUUUCAUUCUUUGACUCCAGAGACAAAACGGCAGUGAUUGCUAAGAGGAUGAAGUAUUUUACAAAUAGUGAUGAUGAUGGGAUGACUGCUGUGACCAUGUGGAUAGCUGGGGACUUUGAGACGGUUUCAGGAAGGAAACUCUUGCUUAAUGCUCUGAAACAUGUGAAGGCCAGUCCAGGGGUGCGCGUGGGGGUGAUAGAUAACCCUAGCGAGAAGCCCUGGGAAGAUAAGACCGUGCUGUACAGGGCUAUAUGGGCCUCUCUCAUCACCCAGAAGAAUAAGGCUGCGGCAGAGUUUGUGCUUAAACUCAUGAAAGAGGAGAGCAGCCAGCUCCUCCAGCAGGGGACCAAGAUGAAGGACUUACUGAUGCAGGGCAUGGAUGUCGAUGCCUUUGAGAAAAAAUUCAACACGCUGGAAGUGGAUUUUAUUCGCAGUCAGCAGCUGUUCUGUCAAGACGUCCUGAAACUCGGUCCUGGACAGCGGGCCGUGAUCAGCAAUGGCAGGAUCCUGGGUCCGUUUGAAGAGCAGGAAGAUUUCACUGUGGAGGAUUUUCACUUGCUGGAGAAGAUUACACUGAGAGGCUCUGCAGAGAAAGUCAAAGCCAGUGUUAAACAGAUGGGGAUGAAACCAAAACAUGCCAGCGAGUUGGUGAUGAAAGUUGAUGCCCUCCUAACUGCAGCCCCCAAAGGAGAGGCCAGAAGAGAUGUCCACUUUCACAAAGACAACCACAGCGUGCUCCGUCUCUCUCCGCGAGAGAACGAGGUGUUCUAUGAUGUCGUCGCCAUUGUUGACCCCCUCACCAGAGAGGCACAGAAGAUUUCUCCCCUGUUGAUCGUGCUCAGUCAAGUGGUCAAUGUGAGGCUGCAGGUGUUUAUGAAUUGCCGGGCCAAGUUGUCCGAGAUGCCCCUCAAGAGUUUUUACCGCUUCGUCUUGGAGUCUGACGUGAUUUUCUUGGCCAACGAGACGGUGUCUCCAGGGCCCGUAGCCCGUUUCUCUGAGCUCCCAGAAUCCCCGCUCCUCACUCUCAACAUGAUCACUCCGGAAAGCUGGAUGGUGCAGGCGGUGCGCAGUCCCCACGACUUGGACAACAUCCAUCUGCAGGAGGUGAGUGGGGUUGUCACAGCGGAAUUUGAACUGGAGCACCUCUUGCUGGAGGGCCACUGCUUUGACCUGUCGACAGGCCAGCCUCCUCGCGGCCUGCAGUUCACCCUGGGCAUGAGUCAGGACCCGCUCAUGUACGACACUAUUGUCAUGGCGAACCUGGGAUAUUUCCAGCUAAAAGCCAAUCCCGGUGCCUGGACAUUAAGACUACGUAAAGGAAGAUCAGAAGAAAUUUACCAGAUUCUAACGCACGAUGGGACAGACUCUCCUGCAGAUGCUGGGGACGUCGUCGUCGUGCUGAACAGUUUUCACAGUAAGAUCAUCAAAGUCAGGGUGCAGAAAAAGGCAGACAAGAUCAGUGAAGAUCUUUUAAGUGAAACGAGUGAAAGCAAAGGCAUAUGGGACUCCAUAGCAAGUGUUUGGAGCACUUUUGAGGAAAGCAUCACAGGUGGCGGUUCAAAGAAGGAUGACGGCGAGAAGAAGAAAGAGGAUGUUCUGAACAUAUUUUCCGUGGCCUCGGGCCAUCUGUACGAGCGCUUUCUGAGGAUCAUGAUGCUUUCUGUCCUUCGGCACACCAAAACACCUGUUAAGUUCUGGUUCCUGAAAAAUUAUCUGUCUCCGUCUUUCAAGGAGACCAUCUCCCACAUGGCGGAGUCGUACGGCUUCCAGUUCGAGCUGGUGCAGUACAAGUGGCCCCGCUGGCUCCACCAGCAGACGGAGAAGCAGCGGAUUAUCUGGGGCUACAAGAUCCUCUUCCUGGAUGUUCUCUUCCCGCUGGCCGUGGACAAGAUCAUCUUCGUGGAUGCCGACCAGAUCGUUCGGGCCGAUCUGAAAGAGCUGAGGGAUUUAAACCUGGAGGGCGCUCCCUACGGCUACACGCCGUUCUGCGAUAGCCGCCGAGACAUGGACGGCUAUCGCUUCUGGAGGACAGGAUACUGGGCGUCGCAUCUCGGGAACAGGAAGUAUCACAUCAGCGCUCUGUACGUGGUGGAUUUGAAGAAGUUCCGUAAGAUCGCAGCCGGAGACAGACUACGAGGACAGUACCAAGCGCUGAGCCAGGACCCCAACAGCCUGUCCAACCUGGACCAGGACCUUCCCAACAACAUGAUCCACCAGGUGGCCAUCAAGUCUCUCCCUCAGGACUGGCUGUGGUGUGAAACGUGGUGCGACGACGCCUCCAAAGCCACGGCGAAGACGAUCGACCUGUGUAAUAACCCGAAGACCAAAGAGCCCAAGCUAAUGGCCGCGGCGCGCAUCGUGCCCGAGUGGGUCGAAUACGACAACGAGAUCAAGCAGCUGCUGAGCCGAGCGGAGCGGGAAGACGCGGCGGCGGCGCAGGAUCACGCCCCCUCUCCCUCACGGCAUCAAAAAGACAACCGCCGGGAUGAACUUUAGUACCUGCCAGCGCCGCGCCGAAGACGAAGGAGGAGGAGGAGGCAGCACCUUUCGCACGCAGGCCACCUGUGAAGCUUGAAGACAGACAAUUCCAUCUAAACAUAGCCGUCGAGUGUUACAUCCCCCAGCCGCCGCAGGAAGAGGAGGAGGAGGAGGAUGUGAUAUUUUCAGAGACGCCAUACCUGCCUCUGAAGCCAGAGCGUCUUACAGAACCAAACCCCCAAAAUUAAUUGUUAACCGCCGGCCGUGAACCCGUGACGCGCUCCGAGCACCGGCAUCGGAGUGUGUGUGGUUACGGGAGAGCGAGCUGAACACACAGAGGGAGGAAGGGCUGAGAUCAGCCAGUAGAUUCAGCCGGCUCCUGUUGCACUGACGCUGUAUGCAAAAGGCACAUUUCUGCCGAUCUCGUCUGGUUUACGUCGAACUCUUUCGCAGUCGGACAUUUCAAUUUCGAAACAUUGAACACUGAAAUGCCAAAGCGAAGAAUCGACUGACAUCUAAUCGUUCUUCCAGUUUGAUUCGGAGUCGCUGCAGAGAGAAUAUCUGGCGGAGUAAAGGUACGAAAGAGUGACUGAUGGCUAACUUUCUAUCCAAUCAAAUGUGUUUAAGACCUUACUUGCCUGUUUCAUCUUUUACAAUUCAGAGUCCCUCAAUUUUAAGUUAUUGGACUAAAUAUGUAUUUUAAUUGGACUCUCUGAACCCACUGUGUGUGUGUGUGUGUGUGUUUGUGUUAUGUACAAGCAGUGAUUCUGUGACUGUUACUACUAUAUUAGUUUAGAAGAAAUGGUGACUUUAUCUUACACACACAGUGUGAUGGAAACCUUGACGUUUCCCCACACAGCGAGGGAAUCGAUCAGCUCACGCGGAAAGACAAUCACAACUCCACACACAGGCGGGGGGCUGGAGUCGAACCUGGGCACUCCUGCUUGUGCUAACCACUAUCCACUGUGCCAUUGGAAGAGAAAACCGUUUUUGAUGAGGGAGAAUGUUUAAAUUCAUUUGUGAAGCUGCGUCAUUCGCAAAUUAUUUUAAACUUUACUUUACUCACUUUUUAUUUUAAAGUGAGGCAGCUGACGCUAAAGGGGCGGGGCUUAACUCAGGCGUGGCUCAGCAGGGCGGGCGACACUGUGAUAUCCAGCAUCAGACUCAUGAGAGUUGAAGAUUUUAACUUAUUGCUGAUUGCUUUCCACUGGCUCUCGGCUCCACUGUGCUCCUUUUCCUCUGUUUUGAUUCCACGAUGAACCCGUGUUUUUGUCUCAGGAAGAAAUGGGUUUCGCUGCUCGACUGAAGCCAACAGUGGGUUUUUUUUUUAAUAUAUAUAUUUUGUUUCAUGUCUUUAAGAAAAACAACAACCGGGUGCAUGGAAGCUGCAUUCGGUGCGUCCGCCGUUCACUGUGCUGUGUCAAACUGAAAUGUUACCGUUGGGUGUUAAAGAAAUAAAGAAGUCUUUUGC